GAGUGAGUGAGAGAUUGAAUUAAGGAAAUUAUGUUCAUCCAAAAAUGUACAUGGAGAGAUAAGAUUUAGCAAAAUAUCAGCAUAAAUAUGAAAUACUUUAUUAGAAAAAAAAGAAAGAAAGAACAAGCGUUAUGAGGUACAGGAGUUGUUGCUCAUUAUCUUCAAAUACUGAAUGGGGUUUAACCACUGAUCUAUAUAUGACUAUAUAUUCUAUAUUUAGAUCAGUGUGUUUAACGAACUAUUGUUUGUUUUGGAGCUAUUGGUUGCUCCGAAACGCGCGUUGAUUCCGGAAGUGGAAGUGUCUCGCGUAGCCACACCUUCAGGGUGCUUAUAAACAGAAUGUGGUUGUGGACCGACAUCUUAAAGUUAGCCGGGUGUGAUCGGAAAAGUAUCUCUCAUGUUAAUUUCGGAGGGCUUCCCCGACAUACAACAUCAAGUUCAUCUGGUGAUUCAGGGAUUUACACCGGAUUUAUCUGUUACCGACGGCCGUGGAUCGUGAUAUGAACCUGAAAGUGUUGGGCCUGUCUCUCCUUCUUUUUGAAGUCUCCUGUUUCACUGAGUUUGAGAUUACUGUUCCCAGAGACACUGUCACUGGGUUUUACAGUGAGGAACUGAUCCUCCCCUGCACGUUUCCUGUGGACAGUUCGUGGGAUCUGAGAAGCACUGUUAUUACCUGGCAGCGUGGACUGGAUGUUAUUCACAGUUUCUACUACAGCCAGGACCAGCUCGACCGUCAGGAUCAGCGUUAUGUCAAUCGCACCAGUCUGUUCAAUCAGGAGGUGGCACAGGGAAACGCAUCACUCAAACUGGACAAAGUCACUCUUCAGGAUGCCGGUGUUUAUUCUUGCUCCGUCAGCACAAACACUGGCAGCCAGAAGAAGAGCUUUGGAGUGAAAAUUGCAGCAUUCUACUCUGAACCUCGUCUGCAGUUCUCUUUGUUAACUGAUGGAGUGAAUCUGCUAGUGACUUCAGAUGGGGGUUAUCCUUCUCCUACACUGCAGUGGCUGAUGGAGAACUCAGACAUCACUAACCAGACACAAACGCACCUCAUGCAGGACACUCAUACCGGACUUUAUGUUGUGUCUAGUUGGAUAAAUCUCACUGAAAUCACAAACUCCUCUCUGACGUUCAUACUGCACAACAAACCGCUGGGACAAGACAUCAGGAGAGAGAUCCAGCUCUACUCAGAUAAGAGUGAGAGGCAAGGAGAGUCAGCAUACAGAUACCAUGGAUGCUUCAUAUUGAUCUCUGUUAUUCUGCUGCUGAUCGUGAUGAGUGUAUUGUUUGUGUUCAUUACAAGAAGAAGGAGACAACCGACCAAACUAAAUGACUUUACGAGAGUGGAACAACCUUCUGAAAUUCAAAUUUCUAAUGGAAAAAGUUCAAUAUGUCUAUAAAGGUUGUUACAAAACCACUUAAACUAAGUUAUAUAUUAUGAAACACAGCAUGAUUUUUAUAUUGAAUGAAAUAUAUUUAUGAUGGGCACACAUUAUUUUCUAACCUUGGCAGCUUUCAAUUCAACAUUUCAUCAUUGGUGCUAAACAUAAUAAAUUCUAAAUAGAAUUUGUCACUUAUGACA